UGAAGUCAUAUUGACCUGAACAAAAAGAAACCAGUCAGGCACACCUGGAAAGUGCACGAGACUGGUGGUGGUAAAUCGAUCAAGAAAGGGGACAGAGAUGUCCUGCCUAUCAGGGAUUCUGUGUAAAUCACUCGGGUUGGUACUGCUGGCGAUGUUAGUAGAACAUGGCAGCACAGUGAAGUUUUUUGGAGACUUUAAGCCAGAUGUAACAUACGGAAAGGUUUCUUACCUGUAUGCUACAAGUUCAAGAUGGCGACGAUCAGGGACAAAUGAUCUACCAUACAGACCCAGUGUAUAUAUUAACAUUGGGGGACGUCCAGUAAGGUUGUCCUUGACCCCUAACCCACGACAAUCUGGGUGUGUCAGGGUCUACCCUCAACGAGAGGAUAUCUGUCAUGCCAGAAACGGGGUCUUUGUUGGCCUAUACCAGGACCCCCUGCAUGGAGCUUCAAUAGAAAUCGAGACCUCAACAGAAGGACAUUGUAAGAUGUCCGGGACCUUCAUUUUCGGUCAUCAGCAUUAUUUCAUCGAAUCUAUCUCCAGGAUAAAAUCAUUUCAUCAAGUAUCAGGAGUGUCAUUUCUUAUUUCCAAGAUACCAUCAUCCUCACCAUACGAUUUACGAUCAGAUUCCAUUGUUCCAGCUCCUGGGAGCCUGCACUACAGACCACUGAGAAAAAAUGCCCCACACCGGUACAAGAGAUCAGGAACAGUGUACACAGUGGAGCUGUUCCUUGCAAUAGACUACAGUAUAUACAUUUUUUGGUACAACCAGAAUGCCAACAUCAGCAAUGUUCAAGAAAGACGAAACGCUACCAUUAAUGAUAUAAAGCGAUACUAUGCCUUCCUCGUCAAUGGGGUUGAUGUCAGAUACAAAAAUCUUCCAGGUGCCGCUUACAUCAUCAAUGUCGUAUUUGCAGGAAUGUACAUUGCUGAGGCAACCACCUCUUGGACUGCCAGUCUAGACAGCCAGAACCAAUUAGAUGCUAUGAAAGCAAUCAAUGCCUUGGAAAGUUGGCGGAAUUCGCAGCUGGGUUCUUUAGCCAUCCCAGAUCACGACCACGCCAUGAUGUUCACAAGGUAUGAUUUAGUCUACGGGAGCGACGGGAAUAUCGCAGGGUUAGCUUACACGCGCUCGAUUUGUUCUUCUGGGUCUGUUUCUGUCAUUGAGGAGAAUUUCGACCUUAUCAGUUACACAGUUGCAGCUCACGAACUGGGUCACAGUUUAGGGGCGACCCAUGAGGGAAUAGGGAGCAACACGUGCCCGGAUGCUGGAUACAUCAUGUCUGCGCAGGUUUUACCCCGGGUAAAGUCUUUAAACCCCUGGAAGUUUUCCUCGUGUUCUGUUAACCAAUUUACCGAGUACAUCAACUCAUUGGCAUCAAAUUGCUUGUUGCAAGAGACAUCAACAGAAGAUAGAGAUGGACUGCAGGGGUACACAGCGACCUCUAUUGGUCAGUUGUACCACGCGGACAAGCAGUGUGCGUUCAGUAUUGGGACUGGUUCUGUAGUUUGCAGGAGGUUAUAUAAUUCUUCCAAUUUCCAAGAAAUCUGCACUACUUUGCAUUGUACAUCUCAGGAUGGUAAGAGUUGUAGUCCAAUUCUCCCUGCAGAUGGCACCACCUGUGGGGAUCAGAAGUGGUGUCAAGAUGGCGUCUGUACUUACAAUAGUUCUAGCCCUAUUGCCGAUGAAACCUGUUUAUUUGGAGAUGAGCCGGGGACUGCUUGUACUCAGAUGAUGACGACCACUCCCUGGGGGUGUUAUACAGACUACCGCAAAUGUUGUAGUUCUUGUGACGCAAUCAAGUCCAGUGACAGCGGUUGUUUGUAUGGAAACCGCGGGAAUUGUGACUUCUUGACGUUGGACAAUCGUAAUCUGUGCUACAAUGACGCUGUGUAUACAGAAUGCUGUGGAUCCUGUAAGAAAUUUUCCACAAGUAUUCCUGAAACGACCACAACAACGACGACGACAACGAUCACAACUCCAACAACAACCACAACAACAACCACAAUCACAACUCCAACAACAACCACAACUCCAACCACAACAACAACCACAACAACUCCAACAACAACCACAACAACUCCAACAACAACCACAACAACUCCCACAACAACUCCAACAACAACCACAACAACUCCAACAACAACCACGACUCCAACCACAACAACAACCACAACUCCAACCACAACAACGACCACAACUCCAACCACAACAACGACCACAACUCCAACCACAACUCCAACCACAACAACGACCACAACUCCAACCACAACAACUCCAACAACAACCACAACUCCAACAACAACUCCAACAACAACCACGACUCCAACCACAACAACGACCACAACUCCAACCACAACAACUCCAACAACAACUCCAACAACAACCACAACAACUCCAACAACAACAACCAUAACUCUAACAACAACCACAACUCCAACAACAACCACAACAACCCCAUUAUCAACCACAAUUAUAACAAGCACAACAAUUAAACUAAGAAGCACAACAACGAAACCAACAACACCCACAACUCCAACGACUUCUAUUACACCUAAACUCACAACAGCUAGUUCAACAUCCACGAAAGCAAAGACUACCACAGAAGCAACAACUUCUACAAAAGCAAGUACUUCUUCAUCAAAAACAGUAACCAACACAAAGGCAUCAACAACAAUGGAAAUACUUGCAACAUAUAUUCAAUCUAACAGCACAACUGAAUCUUCAAAUUUAGCAACACCGCAAUCCUACAAGCCCGGUGACACAGCUGCGAAGUCUAUACCCGAGGAGACAUGGUUUACACCCGUCGUAGCAGUGUCGUGUGUUGUCGUGUGUGUUCUUGUUGCUUUCAUUCUACUGCGAUGUUGCAGGAAAAAACAUCAACAAAAGAAGAAUUCUUUCAAAGUGCAAAACAGGAAACAGGACAACAGCUCUAUAAGUCAUCGUUACAGUUCGAGAAAACACGAGCACGACCAUACAUACACUGACAUCGCCAAUGAAAAAGACAUGGACGUUAAUCAUUCAAAUCACAACGAAUACAAGGAAAAACCAUCAGACAACGAUCAAUUAUCCAAAAUGAGAGAUGAAAUCAGUUACAUACCGAAUACUACAGCCGCUCCUUCUCGCAGGACUUCUACACCAUCCAUAUCUCCAUCACAAAGUACAAAACAUUACAACACUCCUCCUCGACCUUCACAGAUAACAGAGUUUAAUCACGAAAUUAUAAGUGAUUCUUCAGGAGGAAGGGAACCAUAUUUUCCUUCUUUUUCGUCCACUGUAAACACGGAUCGUCGUCAUUCAUCUCCUCACCCACACAUAGAACUCCAAAAACCGCAUUAUCCACAGCACCUUCCGACAAUCCGAGAACGAGAGAAACUAAAUAAAUCACAUGCUGAUAUAAAUGACCCCUACUAUCAUCAUCAUCAACGUCAUUACCGCGGAGAUGACCGUCGGCCUAGCGAAUCUUAUCCGUCAAGAAAAUACUGAUUGAACAUUUGAUUAUACUAGUAAUAGUUUUAGUAUAAUAGUGAACACACACACACACACACACACACACACACACACACACACACACACACACACACACGUGUUGUUAUGUAUACACCAAUAUUUUUUCAAUGAUAACUCUAUGCUACUUCGUUGUAUUCUAGUUCUCCAUUGAAACAGUCACACAUUUGUGUCAGCUUGUCAUAAAAUUCUUAUUUAAAUUACCUCUACAUUCAAUUGUAUGAUACCUCAUAGUACAAACCAGUUAGACAUUUAUUCUUUAAGAGAUAAUGAAAUAAAAUACAUAUUGUUCUGUA